UCCAUGUGGUUUGAGAUUACAUGAAGAGACCUAUAAAAGGAGAAUCCUAGAAUUGUCUACGAUAACACAACAGUUUUUCGACGUACUUGAUAGUAAACUAUUUCGUAUUGCUUUUGUGUAAAAUCGAAACAUCGAACAUCGAUAAUUCGAAAGACAAUCAUGAAGACUUUCGUAAUCAUCUUAUCUUUCGUUCUUAUUGCUUACGUUUCGGCAUCCGCUAUACCGGAUUACGAUGGACCUGUUUACGAUUUAAUUCCAGUAGAAGAUGACAAAGUCAACAUCAAUAACAAUGAAGAAGUUCCUAUUAGGACUCGUAGGUUUACUUGCGAUUUAUUCUCGUUUGGUUCUCAAUGGGUUACCCCAAAUCAUGCAGCUUGCGCUGCUAAAUGUUUAUUCAAAGGCCGCAGAGGUGGUACUUGUAACAAUGGAUUAUGCGUCUGCAGACAUUAAAUUAAAUCUACCUCCAUUAAUCGUCUUAUUUCUAUCGAUUUUGAUUUAUUAAUUGAUACAUAUGACGGGCUAUGUUUAAUUUUUUGAUGUUAAAUAUUUUUCAAGCGAUCAUUGCAAUAAUGUGAUAAUACGUAAAAUGUAUUAUUCGUGAACAAUGAAUUAUUAUAAUUAAUAGAAAAAUAUUUUAUAAUUAUCGUUAUUAUUAAUAAAUAUCAUUGCGCGUGCUUUAUAUCAAAUUCGAGAGAUUUUUAUU